AUGCAUCUCAGUGCCCUUGAAAUCCGCAUUGGCCGUGUUGCCCUUGCUGCAUCGAACGUUCCCGCAAAUCUGGUAAGGCUACCAGAACGUUCUGAUUUUAGGAGUGAAGAUGCUAGAUCAUAUCAACAAAUUGAGCUUGUCUCAGAUAACGGGGAUAUGAUGGAUACGGAUCCACAGUCCACGUAUCCAUACUCAUGGAUCUGUAUUGAUAGUGCUGCUGCUCUUCCGUCAAUGGACAACCGAAAAAGAAACGUAUUGGCUCUUUGGUCCACUUUUAUAUUCGAGAAAGCACCUUCCCUACGUUUCCCAUUAUGUCCCACAUUUGCAAGGAACAUAAAGGCUACGAGAAGUAUGGAAAAACGUCUUUCGAUGAAGAAGGCGCUAGGAGACAAGAUCAAGCGUUUGGAGCUCAGAAUUGCCAGCUUCAAGAACGACAGCGAUGUCCUUAAAUGGAGAGUGGGAAAUAUAGAAGCCAAGAUUGCUACUCUGGAGAAGAAUAUCGAUCAAGACAACCAAAGCCGCAUCGAGAUCUUGGAAACCUGA